AAAACACUGAUCCGCCGUUUUCUAAAAAGAUCAAAGAGAAAAAGCAAAAAAGAUACAAAAACAAAAAGGGAUAUAGACCUGCAAGGCUGAAAAAUCUGAAGGGGCUGACAGCGGCAGACAUAGCUGACCGCCGCAGACAAACAGACCCCUCCCCCUUGACUUCGUCGUCUUCUUCAAUACCACCCCAAACGACCCCUUCGUUCCAUCUCCUUCCUCCAUUCCAAAACCUGCAGCAACCAACGUCCACUAAAACUCCAUCGCCGACCAGCCAUGACACCCUAGCUUUCAUCUUCUUCAUCCUUCAUCUUCAGCCAUAACACAAGAGAACCCUUUCCCCCUCAACGCACACAGCCACACACAUGUACAGAAACGAAAAACAGAGAGAACGAGAGUAGAAGGGAGGCAACGAGUUUCCGUCCAAAAUCGAGUGAACGUUAGCUCCGAGCUUGGGUGUCGAGUUUUUCGGCGCCGGUUCGAGGUUCCGGCGAUGUUGCCUUUAGAACUUUCUGGCCGUUGUUCAUGUAUUAUGGCAAAGAUUCCGACUCUGUUCUUGCUUCAUUAAUACAAAGGGAUUAUGGACAUUCGUAGAUUAUCUUGCGCACUCCUACUUAGAAAUCAACCGAGCAGUUGAUAAUCCAGAGAUGGACAAAACCUGCUUUUUGAUGAGUAACGUGGUCAGUAUGUAGGGAUGGAAGUGCUGUCACUUGGAGAAUGUAAAUUUAGCUGAAAUAGCUGAUGCUGCUUUUUGGUUGAGCAAGGACGCUUGUAAAGAGAUUGCCAAUAUCUUGUCAGGAGCAACAGUGCCAUGUCAGUGCCGAGGUCAAUGUUGCUAUGUCACAGAGGUGGAUUAUUACUGUCGUUCAAAGGUGGGCGUUCCACAAAAUCGCUACCAUUCUCCUCUUUCUGUUGCAAGUUAUACUCAAGUAGAAGUUGCAAUGAGGUGUUAUCAAAUGGUGUUGCAAGCAGGAAAAAAGAGAAAGACUUUGAGCAUUUAUUCAAAUCCUGUACCAAAAUCUACAUUUUGAAGUGCCUUCAUGCCCUUCUCGUUGUGUCAGGGAAGGCUCAGAGUAUCUUUAUCGGCACUAGACUUGGGAAUCUUUAUGCUCACUUGGGUGAUGUUUCUUUGUCUCAGAAGACUUUCUGCAUGAUAGAGAAUAAAGAUGCUUAUACCUGGAAUUCCAUGAUAUCAUCUUAUGUUCGUAAUGGCAACUUCCGUGAAUCUCUGAAUUGUUUGAAUGAAAUGUUGUCCACGGCUGAUGUUAAGCCUGACUUUUACACUUUCCCUCCAGCGUUGAAAGCUUGCGGUAAUAUACUUGAUGGUGCAAGAAUACAUUGCUGGGUUUCGAAACUUGGCUUAGAGUGGGAUGUGUUUGUAGCUGCCUCCUUGGUGCAUAUGUAUUGCCGUUUCCAAUCAUCUAAUGUUGCCUUCAAAAUUUUUAAGAAUAUGCCUUUUCGGGAUAUGGGUUGUUGGAAUGCUAUGAUAUCUGGAUUUUGUCAGAAUGGAAAUGCUAUAGAGGCAUUGAGCCUGUUGAAUGAGAUGAGAUUAGAGGGUAUAAAAAUGGAUUCGGUGACUAUCGCAACAGUACUUCCUAUAUGUGCGCAGCUUGAUGAUAUUGUGCACGGGAUGUUAAUUCACUUGUAUGUUAUAAAGCAUGGCCUAGAAUUAAAUGUCUUUGUAUCGAAUGCCUUAAUAAACAUGUACGCCAGAUUUGGUGAGUUAAGACAUGCACAAAAAGUAUUUGAUGAUAUGAUUGUAAGAGAUUUAAUAUCAUGGAACUCUUUAAUUGCUGCAUAUGAGCAAAAUAAUGUACCUGAAAAGGCACUGAAGUACUUUCAUGAGAUGAGGGUAAAUGAGAUUCAGCCUGACUUGUUGACGAUUGUGAGUUUAGCUUCUAGUACAGCUCAGACCAAAAGUUUCCAUUGCUGCAGAUCAGUUCAUGGAUUUAUAUUGAGGAGAUGUUGGAUUCAGGAGGAUGUUAUUGUGUGUAAUGCUGUUGUGGACAUGUAUGCAAAAUUGGGUUUCAUUCAUUGUAGUCGUAAGGUUUUUGACGAGAUGCCGAUUAAGGAUGUGAUAUCCUGGAACUCAAUGAUCUCAGGUUAUGCUCAAAAUGGUCUUGCAAGUGAGGCUAUUGAAAUUUACAACAUGAUGAAAAAAUGUGAUGACGUAGCACCAAACCAAGGAACUUGGGUUAGCAUUUUACCAGCUUAUGCUCAUCUAGGUGCGUUGCGAGAAGGAAUGAGGACUCAUGGGCAUGUUUUCAGAGUAGCUCUUAAUUUGGACAUCUUUGUUGGUACCUCCCUCAUUGACCUUUAUGGUAAAUGUGGAAGACUGGAUGAUGCCAUGUCUUUGUUUUACGAGGUGCCUAGGAUGAGUACAGUCCCUUGGAAUGCCAUAAUAUCAUGUCAUGGUAUUCAUGGAAAUGGCAGGGUUUCUCUGAAACUAUUCAAUGAUAUGCUGGGUGAGGGUGUUAAACCAGAUCAUGUAACAUUUUUGUCUCUAUUGUCAGCUUGUAGCCAUUCAGGAUUAGUUGAUGAGGGUAAAAGAUACUUUCAUAUGAUGGAGCAAGAGUUUGGCAUCAAACCUGUUCUAAAGCACUAUGGUUGCAUCGUUGAUAUGUUUGCUAGGGCUGGGCGCCUAGAAACAGCAUACCGAUUUAUAAAAAGCAUGCCUUUGCAGCCUGAUGCUUCAGUUUGGGGCGCUCUUCUAGGUGCAUGUCGAAUACAUGGAAAUGUUGAGCUGGGUAAAUUGGCUUCAGAUAAUUUGUUUGAAGUUGACCCGGAGAAUGUUGGGUACUAUGUCGUGUUGUCUAACAUCUAUGCUAAUUAUGGGAAAUGGGAGGGGGUGAAGGAAGUGAGAUCAUUGGCUAGAGACAGGGGGUUGAAGAAGACUCCUGGAUGGAGCUCAAUUGAACUGAACAAUAAAAUUGAAGUCUUUUACACAGCAAAUCAAUCUCACCCGCAGUGCUAUGAGAUAUACGAGGAAUUAAGUAUUUUAACUGCUAAGAUGAAGUCCCUAGGUUAUACUCCAGACUAUACUUUUGUAUUACAAGAUGUUGAGGAUGACGAAAAGGAACAAAUCCUUACCAGUCAUAGUGAGAGAUUGGCUAUUGCUUAUGGAAUUCUUAACACUCCUCAUAGAAGUCCUUUACGGAUCUAUAAAAAUUUGCGGGUUUGUGGAGACUGCCACAAUGUGACUAAACUUAUUUCUAAGAUAACAGAGAGAGAGAUUAUUGUGAGGGACUCUAAUCGCUUUCAUCACUUCAAGGAUGGUGUUUGUUCAUGUGGGGAUUACUGGUAACAUGUGCCCAUAUUCUGGACAGAAAUUUUGACCUUUAAGGUUGAUAUCGUUAUGGUAUAGGUGCUGCAGGAAAUUUAUUUGUUCUUUUCAAGCUGUUGUACUGUCCUGUGAAUGAUGAAUUCCGAACUCUGUAAUGGAACAGAGUUUUUUAUGAAGGCAAUUCUUUCGUUCUUUUAAUAUUUACUUUUCUCUAGUGGGUGUAGUUA